AUUUUGUGCGGUAUAAAUUGGAGGGAUUCUCUAUGGUUCAUCACAGUUCUCAAGUUCAUUCCUUUGGUGUACGAUACAGACACACAACGCCGUCAACAUGUUCAAACUUGGAGUUUUCCUCGCUAUCCUGGCUCUCAGUGCCGCUGCGCCAAACCCAGCACCAGCUCCGGCUCCAGCUCCAGCUCCGGGAGCUCUCCUGGCGACAGCCUACGCUGUUCCAGCUGCUUACCCAGUAGCAUCCAGCAGUCAAUCCAUUGUCAGGAACUACAAUGGCCUCGCUGCUGCUCCUCUCGCCUACACUGCACCACUCACCUACGCCUACGCACCAGCACCUGCAUACUACAUCUAGGGUGCAUUUUAAUAAUGUGGCAGUCAUCAGUUCACUCAUCACUGGACACCAAUCACAUUCAUUCACAAUAAUUUGUAUCGCUCAUCCUGAAUUUGAAAAAUCUGGAAAUCAUCAAUUUGAAUUCUGAGAUGAAAUCAAUAAAUUGUGCAUUCGACUCCUCAUAAUCGUUUUUGU